UGUGGGUGUGUGUAUGUGGGUGUGAGCUGUCCCUUUAAAUAGCCUCUGGUCUCCAGCACAGAGAGAGAGAGAGGGGGAGCAAUGGGAAAGGCUCAGGGAGCAGAGAAAAGUGUAAUUGGGAAUUAUCCUGACAUCCAGAUGGGUCUGAACAUAGUCUGACUUUACUGGGAGAGAGAGAGAGAGGAGAGAGAGAAAGGGGAAAAGAAAGGGAAAGAGAGAGAGAGAGAGAGGCAGAGCUCAGAUAUAGGCAGUAAGUUGAAUGAGUCAUUCCUGAGAUGGAAAUCCCUGGGAAGAUGCUGUGAAUUGGGGGAAAAAAACAGGAAAGUUUCAUGUUUGAGAGUUUCAAUGAAUUUUCCUCUCUGUCCCAGGAAUGAAGGGCUUGUUGCUGUGUGUCAUAGUGACUGGCAAACUGGUGCAGAUCCUCGCUCAGAACUCCACAGCUGCUGCGGGGGCCUUGAGGACCACCGAGAGCCCCAUCGACCCCUACAACCGCACCCAGUACUGUCACUGGCCGUGCGCGUGCCCCCUGUCUCCCCCUGACUGUCCCCCGGGGGUCAGCCUGGUGACUGACGGCUGUGACUGCUGUCGGACUUGCGCUAAGCAGCUCGGGGAGUCCUGCACUGAGGCUGACACCUGUGACCCCCACCGUGAGCUCUAUUGUGACUACAGCAAAGAUCGGCCCCGCUAUGAGGUGGGACUAUGUGCGCAUCUGGUUGGCGUUGGCUGUGAGCUGAAUGGGCGACGUUUUGCCAAUGGACAGAACUUUCAGCCCAACUGCAAGUACAAGUGCACGUGUGUGAAUGGUGCCAUUGGCUGUGUACCCGCGUGUCGCCAGUCCCGCCCCCCCCUCGUGUGGUGCCAACACCCCAAGAGUGUCCGGCUGCUCGGCCGCUGCUGUGAGCAGUGGAUCUGUGACCAGUCAAAGCGUCUCCGCAAACCGGCGCCGCGACACGUGUCCAUGUCAGCGUACGGCGGGGACUCGGAGGUUUGGCGUAAGAACUGCCUGGUGCAGACCACGGGCUGGAGCGCCUGCAGCAAGACGUGUGGGAUGGGCAUCUCCACCCGAGUCUCCAACGAUAACCAACACUGUCACCUGGGCAAGGAGCGACGCCUCUGCCUCCUCAGGCCAUGUGACGUGGACAUCACCGAGCACAUCAAGCCGGGGAAGCGAUGCCUGAGUGUGCUGAAGCAGACGGAGCCUCUACACUACACACUGUCGGGGUGUGUGAGCCGCCGCUCGUAUCGGCCCAAGUACUGCGGGGGGUGCACAGAUGAGCGUUGCUGUGGCCCCCUGAGGACCAGAACCAUCCCCGUGACCUUCACCUGCCCCGACGGCACCUCCUUCUCCAAGGACCUCAUGUGGAUCAACUCGUGUUUCUGUAACCUGGGCUGUCAGAACCCCAACGACAUCUUUACUGACCUGUCGUACUACCCCUCAUACAGCGAGGUCAGCAACUGACAAGAACAACAACAACUCACAUCUGUACAGCGUCCAUCACCUGGGGAGGACAUCCCAAGGCUCUGGAU